GUUUUGCCGCAAUUAACGAGAAAGACCAUUACACUGUGGACUAAUUCAUCGCUAUGAAACAGUCUCCCACAUAGAAGCGUAUCGGACAACCAUACAAAGCAAGUUACGUAAAUGUUUUAAAUGGCGAAUACCCGCACCUCAUUUUCCAUUCAUAACAUCUUAAACCGUGAUUCUGAAAACAAUGUCCGUCUAAAUGAGGAAUACGCUGAGGGAAAUGGAGACACGGAGGCACAGGAUUGUUCCAGUUCAUCUCUGUCGGUCGGAAAGACUGGAGUGGAGAGCGCAGAAAGGCGCAUCUCUCCCUGUGUGUUCACGUUAGACUCAUUCUCUGAUCAGCAUUCAUGUGAGGAAGAAUCAACGGGGGAAGACACUUCACAACCAGAUAGAAGACACGAUCACGAUAUUGACCGAGGGAAGCCACAGAGCUGUAAUUUCGGAGAUAACUCUAAAUCGAGCAAGAAAAGGUCUCGUGCGGCGUUCUCUCAUGCGCAGGUGUAUGAGCUCGAGCGGCGCUUUAACCUGCAGCGGUACCUGUCCGGCCCAGAGCGCGCAGACCUGGCAGGAGCGCUCAAACUGACGGAGACACAGGUGAAGAUUUGGUUCCAGAACAGGAGAUACAAAACCAAACGGCGACACGUGGCGACCGAGCUUGCGACAACUCCCACUGCAACGCUGGCUAAGAGAGUGGCGGUGAAGGUGCUGGUAAAAAACGACCAGAGGCAAUACAACGCCGAGAAUCUACCCACUUCGUCCGUUCCUCCCUUAUACCAGUCUUUCCCUUACUAUCCUUACAUGUUCUGCUUCCAGCCGUGGAUCUCAGGGGACACUUUAAGUGGUGGCUUGUACUGAUCUACUGGGGUUAUGGCAUCAUGUGGACAGUGACUAUGGAGUUUUGUCAUACCCAAACAGACAUCAGCCAGCCAGAAGUGAAUUCAUGCAGAAGGGAACAGACAAAACACAAAUCGCAUUAUUCCAGCAGAGCUGUAAAUACCAAACAUAUCUAUAACAGACUGUAGAAUGGCAUAGGCCUACUCACUCUAACGGCGAAAUCGUAAAGAUUCAUACGACUUUUCUAAAUUUGGCUAAUUCGAAUGAUAUAGUAGGACUGCACUUAAAUGAAUUUGUACGAUUUUCACUGGACAUCGUUUCAAUACAUCACAAUUACUUCUGUCACACAACAGCUUCCUAUCAUGUUUGACACUCAGGGUUUGGGAAAGGGUAUAAUAUUAAUAAGCCUGUCCUUAACACAUCACUUACUUCUGCAUUAGCCAUCAGGCAUUUGCAUGAAAUCAUACACAUUCAUACAACGAACUUCUAUGAAAUCAUACGAAAUGGCCAACUCGUAAAAUAUGUAAAAAUUUUCAUGAGACUGGGUUGAGAAUGGUCUAAAAAUCCAAAAGGAAAACCAAAGUGGGAUAUGAUACACUGAUGUACUAUUAUUUUAUACUGAUGAUUAAAGCAGAGACAAUUCACUCUAUAGAGAUUUUGUCAGGUCUGAAGUAGCCUAAAGCUGUUAAUGCUUCACAGUGAACUCCCAAAAAUAUUUAGACACUUAAUCCACAUUUAAAAAUGUAUUCUUGUCAUUGCAUUACAUUAGAUGGCAACCAAAACAAAAAGUGUCAUCUGCAUAGAUGAGGUUAGGUUUUCAGAAUUACAUUUUUCAUUGACAUUUUUUUCUUUGCAUUUAUUUUUAACUAACUGGUCCAAAGUUCGGUAUAUUGUGAAUGCACAAAGUCAGUUACAUGUACAGGUGCCUUAAUAAUCUUUGCGUUAAGAAACAUUUACUUGAAAAGUGCUUGUGCUGUCUUUCCUAAAAAAUUAAAUGCCACAUGGUUUGACAUUUUGAUCUCUAAUGCAAUGACAUUCAUACACUUUUAAGUCUGGCUUAAGUGUCAAUAUCUAUUUUGGGGCCACUGUAGCCUAUAUAGUUUAAUAUACAGAUUGUAUCAAGUUUUGGGAUUUAGGUUAAGGGUUAGGUUAGGGUUAGGAUCUUAUUCUCAUUCAUGGCUCAUACCCCAAUCCUGUAAUACACAAGGGCAAAACAAAACAAGUUAAACAACUUAUUCUUUCAUCAGUAUAAAACACAUGUAUUGCUGUAUGUUAAUGAUCCCUUGUUAGCCUUUGUUGUUGAUUAAAUUUUUUCUUUAUUUCCAUCACCAUGGGAGGUUUACAGUAAAACGAAUCUUCCAUAUGCUGUAAAACAGUCUACCAUGUCUUAAUAUUUGCCAAGACCACUGUUUUAAUAUAAUAUCUAAAUUACAUUUAUUCUCACAGCCAAUGACAACUGUGAAAGAAUACAAGUCUAAAUAAGAUAUAACAUGUUUUAGAACAAAUAAUGAAAUAAUGUGGCAUGUCUGAGAAAAUAGCUGCAAGAGCAAAAGGCUUAAAGGAGGAUUGUCAACAUGAGAUUAAUGACUAUAUGGCAGCAGUUUAAGAGGAAACAAUGAUUAAAAGAUUAUUUGUGGAUAUGGUUUGACGGACGAUGCAGUACAGACCAGCAUACAGAAAUAAAC